CUCCGGUGAGCGGCAGGGGAGUCGACCAAUGGGAUCGAGGCUCCCUGUCUCCCGGUUCUGGCCCCCGUCUGGAGCUGGAGAGAAUGGGCGGUGUCCUGGGAGCCUAGAGCCGGGGCGACUGGCAGGCCGGCGGGCCAGCGGAGCCGGCGGCUGCACUCGCUGUGCCGGGCUCCCGGGAGGCGCGGCUGCGGCAACUUUGGAGGGAGCUUGGGAGAGCGCGGUCCCCGGCUCGUCGGCCUUUCCUCGCCUUUCUUUCUCUCCCUCUCGCCCCCACCCCUUCGCCCACCCUGCGUUUCGUUUGAUUUCUCUGCGAGGAGGCUGGGGAGGAGGAUGAAUUGCGUGGACUGUGGCUGAAAAGAAGCUCUCGGCUUCGGGGACGCGCGGGAGACAGGAUGCUGAGGCGGGAUGCGGGCGCCGAGAUGCCCGGAGCCCUGACACUGCAGAAGCGCCAGGCUGGAUCAGAAGCAAUGGUGGUCAGGGGCUGUCGGGAGGACGUUGCUGAAGACUGCUUUUUUGGUUAAUGUUGCAUAAAAAGCACAAAGUGUCUCUGGGUGCUGUGCAGACUAUUAGGACCUUUUUAUCACCAACAUUCUAGGAAACAUGUCCAAAAAGAACCGCAACAAGGGCGAAAAGCCGGACAUGGAAAUAGAAGCGGUGCAGGCGGCCAAUGAAGAGCUUCGGGCUAAGCUGACCAACAUUCAGAUAGAAUUUCAACAGGAGAAGAGUAAGGUGGGAAAGCUGCGGGAGAAAAUCCAAGAAGUCAAGCAAGAGAGAGAACAGGAGCAGCACAAACACACAGCCUAUAUCUCCGAGCUGAAGGCCAAACUACAUGAAGAGAAGAUGAAGGAGCUCCAGGCCCUCAGGGAGGCGCUCAUCCGCCAGCAUGAGCAGGAGGUUGCCCGAAUGGUCAAAAUCAAGGAUGGGGAGGUUCAGCGCUUGCAGACCACCGUGAACGUUUUGAGGGACGGUGCAGCCGACAAAGUGAAAACCGCCUUGCUGAAUGAGGUCAGAGAAGAAGCCCGGAAAUCAUUUGACGGAGAACGCUUAAAGCUGCAGCAAGAAAUAUUGGAGCUAAAAUCUGGGAAGAAGCAGGUGGAGGAGGCUUUGAACAAUUUUAUGCAAGCAGAUAAGAUGAAGGCUGCUGACCUACGCAUGGCUUACCAAUCUCACCAGGAUGAGAUCAACCGAAUCAAAAGGGAAUGUGAGCGAGAUAUUCGCAGGCUGAUGGAUGAGAUAAAAGGCAAAGACAGAGUGAUCCUGGCCUUGGAAAAGGAUCUGGGUGUGCAGGCAGGCCAUACCCAGAAGUUACUUCUUCAGAAAGAGGCCUUAGAUGAGCAGCUGGUGCAGGUCAGAGAAGCCGAGCGUUACCACAGUAGCCCAAAGAAAGAGCUCCCGGCGGGAAUUGGAGACAUCUCCGAGUUGAUGGGCUUCUCGGAGCAGCAUAUGGAUGAACGAGAUGUGCGGAGGUUUCAAUUAAAAAUUGCUGAACUCAAUGCAGUAAUCCGGAAGCUUGAAGAUAGAAAUACCCUGUUAGCCGAUGAGAGAAAUGAACUGUUGAAACGUUCUCGUGAAACAGAAGUUCAACUGAAGCCUUUGGUUGAAAAAAAUAAGAGAAUGAUGAAGAAAAAUGAUGACUUGUUGCAAAGUAUACAAAGGAUGGAAGAAAAAAUCAAGAAUCUCACAAGGGAAAAUGUAGAAAUGAAAGAAAAGUUGUCUGCCCAGGCCUCUUUGAAACGUCACACUUCCUUGAAUGAUCUCAGCCUUACCCGGGAUGAACAAGAAAUUGAAUUCUUGAGACUUCAGGUUAUGGAGCAGCAGCUAGUGAUCGACGAUCUCUCCAUGGAAAGAGAACGUUUAUUGCGCUUGAAGAGACACAAAAGGCUGCCCAAACUGCCAAAGAAGCAUGUUGUGGAGACAUUUUUUGGAUUUGAUGAAGAAUCAGUUGACUCGGAAACAUUAUCUGAAACCUCCUAUAAUACAGACAGGACAGAUAGGACACCAGCAACACCAGAGGAAGACCUGGAUGAUACCACAACCAGAGAAGAGGCAGACUUAAGGUUUUGUCAGCUGACUAGAGAAUACCAGGCUUUGCAGAGAGCCUAUGCUUUGCUUCAGGAGCAAGUGGGCGGAACCCUGGAUGCAGAGAGAGAAGCUCGGACUCGUGAGCAGCUACAAGCUGAUCUAAUUAGGUGUCAGGCCAAAAUUGAAGAUUUGGAGAAAUCACUAAUUGAGAAAGGACAGGACUCUAAGUGGGUUGAAGAGAAGCAGCUGCUAAUUAGGACAAACCAAGAUCUGUUAGAAAAGAUUUACAGGAUGGAAAUGGAGACGAGUCAGCUGAAGAAUGAGAUGCAGGAUGCAAAAGACCAGAAUGAGCUGUUAGAAUUCAGAGUACUAGAACUGGAAGAGAGAGAACGAAGGUCCCCGGCAUUUAAUCUUCACAUAACCACCUUCCCGGAAAACAACGGAAGUGCUCUUCAGCUGUUCUGUCACCAAGAAGGAAUAAAGGAUGUGAAUAUUUCUGAUCUUAUGAAGAGAUUAGAUAUCCUUGGAGAUAAUGGGAAUUUGAGAAAUGAAGAGCAGGUUGCAAUAAUCCAAGCUGGAACUGUCCUUUCUCUGUGUGAAAAGUGGUUGAAGCAAAUUGAGGGAACAGAGGCAGCACUAACACAGAAGAUGAUAGAUCUGGAGAAUGAAAAGGACCUCUUCAGUAAGCAGAAAGGUUACCUCGAAGAAGAACUGGAUUAUAGGAAACAAGCCUUGGAUCAAGCUUAUAUGAAAAUCCAGGAGCUGGAAGCCACGCUGUACAGUGCUCUGCAGCAGGAGCCCGGCGGGCGGGCCAGCGAGGCGCUGAGCGAGGCCCAGCGGGAGGACCUGCGGGCGGCCGUGGACAAGGUGCGGAGGCAGAUCCUGAGGCAGAGCCGGGAGUUUGACAGCCAGAUCCUGCACGAGCGGAUGGAGCAGCUGCAGCAGGCACAGCAGAGAAUUCGGGACCUAGAGGAUAAAAUAGAACUUCAAAAACGACAACUGAAAGAAAUAGAAGAAAAGUUUUUGUUCCUUUUUUUGUUUUUCUCUCUAGCAUUCAUUCUGUGGCCUUGAUGACUCCAGUGAGCCAAGAAAUCGGGAUCGAAAAAGAGCUUAUGGAGCGAACGCCUAAGUGUUACUGCAGCUCAGCCCCCUCAUCCAAAGACAAAGCCCUUCAACGUCAACCCCUUCAAGCAGUGAAUGAAUGUCGACUGGACACAGCUUUAAAGUGACGAAUUUUGGUGAUGAAACUGCACAUGCCGCCUUUCAAACUGUAAGAUGGACAUUGCAAGUGGGAAUUUUAUAAUGAUAAGCAGCAUUUUUAUACCAGACUAUGUCAUAUGUCACCCUUCAUCAACAUAAAAAAAUGAACUGAAUAAAGAAAACUUAAGUGCAAUUACAAGGAAUGAAGGGAAUGAGAAACGGUCCACCAAGAGAAGUCCCUGCAUUAUUGGUCUCCACCCUGCAUGCUUCCAACCAAUGUGCUUUGCAGUUUCACCACUGGACACAAACUCUCUGAAAUCUGUAUAUAUUUAUCAAUGACUAGCUAAUUGUUAACAAUGAAGUCUAGAGGAAUUCUUUGAAGAAGACUCCAAAAAUGAAAAUUACAUUUGAGAACCCCCAAUUAACAAAUUUUCAAUCACGCAGGUGCCUCUGGAUCUAGUUCCUGGGAAAGCCAAGUCAAAACUCUGGUAGAAACAGAGAGGGUGGUAAACAGGUUGGUUUGUGAUAUGUUCGGGGAGCAACCGGUUGCAGGGAUCUCCUGAUAUCAUUUUCAAUCAGAGUUUACCAUGACUAUGCAAGGGCUAUGUCAGUGAUGCAAGGGACAGUCUCUUUAGAGCCAGGGAAAAUGUUGAAAAAAGCAACAUUGGAGCAUUGUGCUAGAUGGAGGAGGUGGAAGGGAGAUAAUAUGUAAAAUUGUAUUACAUCUAUGCCUCCUUCAGGAUUCAAAGUAGAUUUGAAGGGGAGGGGGGAAGAGUUGCAUCAGAGGUUGAGCUAAAGAAUAAAAGGUCAAGUGAGGAGAUCAAGCAAAGGAUUAAAAAUUUAACUAAAUGUUUAUGACAAAAAAACAGCCUUCUGUCUUCAGUACAAUUCACUCUAUCAUAAAUAAACUCAAAUCAAUAAAAUAUCUAUUAAUCAAGCAAUGGAUAUUCAAGCAUGAAAAAUGAACCAUCCCUGUCCUCAAGGAACUUACAGUCCAAUAGUAUGGAUAUGAUAUAUACACUGUGUCAAAUGUAGAAAGAAAAGAGAUGAAGGACAAGGACAAAACUUUAAAGAACACACUUAGGAGCUCAGAUGAAGUAGAUCAUAAAUAUCGAGAAAUUAUGUCUCGUGUUGCUUGCUAAAGGCUAGAAAGCAGCCCAGAGACAUACCACGAAUGAAUCUGGAUGUCUUAAAGUAGUCGAAAGCUUCAGAAGAAGGAUUGCAUUGUGGAUGGAUAUGAGAAGGUAGAAAAGGAUGAGUGUAGGAAAGCAUUCUCAGAGAAGAUUUUUCUUUUAACACUAUUGGUGAGGGUGGGAAAGGCAGCCAUAACAAUGAGAACACAUGAGUCAAAGGGAAACAUUUUCCAAGUGAAGUUAGGAAAGAGCCAGAUGUUAGCAAAUUCAGGGAACAGUCUCUGAUGAUCAUCAGCCACUUUUUGAACCUUGACUCUGUUUUUGUGUGAUAUUGGGCACAUCACUUCACCUUUCUGAGCUUCAGCUUUCUCUUCUAUAAAAUGCUGGUGGUAGAAGAACACAAGAUGAUAUCCUCAAUCCUUUAAGCUCUUGGGGCAAAAAAAAAGAAAAAAAAUCAAGGCAAAAAACUAGUGAUGUUGGAAGGUUUGUGAUCAUAAGGGAGAAAACAAUGCAGAAAUCUUCAGAGGUAAAGAAUGUGACCUCCUAUGAAAAACAGCUUUAUGGAAGAUGUCAGGAAGCCAAUAUUUGUACCCUAAAGAGUGAAGGAAAGAAAAUCCCAACGAUUAUUGAAAACUUAUCAUUCAGCCUCACAGAAGCACCAACAGUAUCCAUAUAGGAGAGGGUUGAAACAAGCCUAGGCAAUAAAAUAUUUUAGUGGUUUCAAAGUCAAUGAUUAUUCAUGAAACUAGGGGUCACACAUACAUAAAUAUACAAACAUACAGAAAUUCCAACAUAAGUGCACUUUUUAAUCACAGACCUCAGUGAGAAAACUGAGGGAAACCAAUGUCUUUGUUGGAAAAUCACACCCAGGACGCCUGAAGGACAUACUGGGAAAAGCAGUGAGUGAAAAUAAACUUUGCAUAUUUCAGAAACUGAGGGAUCAAAAGGGCUUUAUUGAGUCAAACUGACUGUAAACCUUAGGGGAGGAAAAAAAAAGCACAAUUAUUGUAUACAGAAACCGAUUUUCCCUAAUAUCUCGACAUCAUAUGGGCACUAUCAGGGUGCAUGAUGACCUCCUGGGGAAAAAAAAAGCAGGAAACAGGAAGCAGGUUUGUAAUCAUCCUUUUUUUGUUCUUCCUAGUAAUAAGUGGGCUUAAGGCAUGCAAGUUUAGUCUUGUCUUUUUAAAGGCAUAAGUGACCAUUCUCUACAAUUUAUUGGAUCAUCUGAACUCUUGGAUUUCAUGGCCUUAAUGACUGAUCUCUACUCUCCUGACCCAUUUUUUUCUUUCUCAUUAUUCAACAUUCACUCAUUAAGCAUUUAAGUGUGCUUAUGGCAGGCAGCACAUUGUACUUGCACUGGGUGAAGAUGUUGGGUUUAGGUAAGAUGUAUUCCACUCCUUUUAGAACUUGCUCCUAAACAUCAGCUUGCAUGUCACUUUGCUCUCGCUGUUAUGUAUACAUACAUACAUACACACACACACACACACACACACACACACUCACUCUAUAUUUAAAUAUAUAGAGACAUAUAUAGUGUAUAUGUAUAUAUGUGUAUACAGGCACACAUACAUACAUAUAUGUGUAUAUGUAUGGAGUAGUGGGAACCGAGAGUAGACAACCGCUAUGGUUAGAGAAGCUGGUAUAUGCAGAAGAGCAAUGGAGAGGGGGAGAGGUUGUCAGGUUGCAGAAACAAACUAGGGCCAGGUUAGGGAGAGCCUUAAAUGCCCUGCUAAACUAUCUGUACUUUACACUUUAGGUUUUCCAGAGGAGCACUUAAGUAGGGGAAGCAAUGCAUAUACUGAAAGCUUCAUUUUAUAUCUUUGUGCAUAUGUUCACAUCUUUACUAAAAUAAAUAAUGCAUAAUGCCAGAA